AGUAAUAGUCCCACUACCCCCCGAAUUCCUUAAUUUUGGAGUUAGGAGUUAGGACACUUAAGACUGUCUUAACUACUUAUAGUGCUUACGUGCGUGGAUUCGUAUAUAUGUAUGCACAGAUGUGUGUAUUAAUAAUUCAAGAAAAUUUUUUCCCAGGAGGGCAUGAAUUCAGAUAAAUUUAAUUCGUAGGAAGAACAUAUAGACAUCAUUAAUCAGUUUAAAUGGAGAUGGAUGAUGAAAAUGGCAAGAGGAACAGAGGCAAGAGUAGAGGAAGGACGAGAGGCAGAGGUAGAGGAAGAGCCAGAGGACGUACUAAAAAAGCUGUAAAGGUAAUUGAGAGCGAUGACGAGGAUAUGCCUCAUACAGGAGAUGAAUGUACAAUGGACACAAGUGCUCCUGAAACGGAGCAGCUAGAGGAAGCACCACAAACACAGCCAGCCCAAGAGACCUCGCCUGUAGCACAGCAGCACACAUCACCGGUAGUACAAACCCCAACUAAGCAGCCAGCUCAGCCAGUAGUGCACCAGCCAUCAGUGGAACAACAAUUUGAUUUGGAAGCUGACAUCUCUCAGUUAGAAGCCCCAACAUUCACAACAAUCAAUCGAGGACCACCUGAACCUAUGCUCAGGUUGAGGUGGGACCACCGCGUUAACUUGAUUGGAGAAAAAGUUUUGAAUCCUAUGAUACACUGCUGUGAUAAAUGUUUAAAGCCUAUUUUAAUAUAUGGCAGAAUGAUACCUUGUAAACAUGUAUUUUGCUUGUUGUGUGCUAAAAGAGAAGACAAAGUGUGUCCCAGGUGUAUGGAAAAAGUGUCUAGAGUUGAACAGACUGGCCUUGGUACUGUAUUUAUGUGUACACAUGGGGGUACCAGAUAUGGUAAUGCUGGAUGUCGCAGGACAUAUCUUAGCCAAAGAGAUUUACAGGCUCAUAUUAAUCAUCGACAUGUAGCAGCUCCACCACCUCAACCAGUUCCCAGUAUGCAGCUUGAUGGUCCAUCAGCAUACAUGCAUGCAAAGGGCCCAGAUAUGCUUUUGGAUGCCCAGCUAAUGCCAGCCAAAUCUAGUAACCCAAGCAAUCGCAUGAAAUCCAUGGGAUCUGGUGGACACAUGAGUGGUCCACCAGUUGCCAUGGGUAACGACCCUCGCGUCAAUCAACAGUCUUCAGGGAUGGAUCACAGACAAGCUCCCCCACCUCAUCGUCACUAUUCUCAAAACUCAUCACAGCAGCAACAGCAGCAAUCUGUGAAUUCGCAAAUGCGCUCGAACUUAAUAACUGUACCUAUACAGGAUACAACAACUAUUGCUGCUCAUGAAAUACAGCAGCAACAGCAGAGUCAUCAUUACUAUCAUCCUGAUAAUCAUGUUAAUCCCAGUUUGACGACGAGACAUGUUGUGCUAUCAGGCCAGCCUCCACCACCCCCUCCACAAGUCAAUUAUGGUGGUUAUGGAGUAAAUGUAGGUCCGCCUCCACCUCCACCAGCAGCCCAAGCGCAACAAUACUAUGGAGCACAUCCUGUCCAACUAGGGUAUGCAGUGCCUCAGCAGCAAUACGGUGUUGCUGCUGCACCUAGAUCAGCCUAUGGAGUCCAAGAGGCACAAUAUGCUCCUCAACAACCACCUCAACCGCCACAACAGCAGUGGGCUCAGCACCAACAACAAUUUUAUAGAUAAAGACGAGAUCGUGAAGGUGUUGUUUGUUCAAUUAUCUUUUGAGAGACACGCUUUAGAUGUGCAUCAAUUUUUUGAAUUGACAAGUAUUUCGCGUGUAUUAUACCGUGACAAAAAUAAUUAAUUUUAAGUUUCAUUUAAAACAAGACAAUGGAUGGUACUCGCGAAUGGAGUUUGUGGAAAUGGAUUACAGCAACAAGUGAAAUCUAUGUAGGCGAGUGAAGUGAAUGCUAACGAGACGUUCGAUUAACAAUAUUUCAAUUUUUAACAAAGUGUACUAUCAAUUUUCCGCAACAAACGUGUUUUAACAGAAAAAAAUUAUGUGAAUUUAAGUUAAUGAAAAACUUUAUUAUGUAUAUAAUAUAUUAUAUCACACAGGAGUAGAAUUUUUUGAAGCUGAUUAAAUGAUCAAUAUUUUAAAAAAUAAUAAUUUUAGUUGAGAGUAAUGGAAUUGUAUAUACAAUUUUAACUGAAGUACUGUAUGUACUACAAAUUUUUUUUAACACUGUAUUUCAUUUUUCAAAAUUGUAACAUCUAGAA